GGCGUUUGCUGCUGCUGCUGCUGCUUCGCCUUUCUCGGUCCUCCCCCUAUUUGGAGCGCGACGCGGAGUUCUCGUGUUGCAGCGGCGGCGGCGGCGGCGGCGGCAGCAGCAGGAGCCUCGCCUUCUGUGGGUGGCAUUGCAAGGCCGGAUUGGAGAAGGGGGGGUGCCGAACGACGUUUGCUCGCGGCUUGUUCGGGGUGGGGGCCGCAGCUACAACCUUUUGAGGAUUUGCCUCCUUUGAAGAAGCGACCUCCCCUCCCCCUCCCCCCCUCUUCGCCUCCAUGACCGUGGCGACCCCGUCUGGAUCCGGCUGCGCUUUCUUGCGACGCGGAGGACCGUGGGAAGGAGAACAAGGAGCGGAGCCCGCCUGACUCGGCUCCGCGCGCGCGGAGAGGAUCUCGGUGGAGUUACUGCGGAGGAGAGAGAGCCCCCCCACCCCCGCCGCCGAAAAACAACAAUCCGGGCUUUGUUUUUCUUCGUGUGGUUUUCUUGUCUCCCUGCGAGCGAGGAGGAGGAAAUCGUUGCACCCCGGCGGCCAGGGAAAGAGCAGCCGGGCGGAUUUGCAAGGAAGUACCCCCCCCCCCAACACUCCGCGGCAUUUGUCUCGUCUCCUACUCUGCCCGAGGGAGCUUUUCUAGUGGAUCUGCUAACAAAAGGAAAGCCCAGCCGUCCGCCGGCUUUGGAGUAGCUGCGGAUUGUGCGUGUGAACGCGCGCGCUUGGGUGUAUUCAAACGGAGGGGCACCGUUGUUAGAGGGAGGCGUUUGUCUCUUGCCUUCUUCCUCGAGCGGCGGCGGGGGAGCUUUUCUGAGCCCGGGGAGGGGGGUAGGAUGCCCGGAAGGGGCGGCGGCUCCCCCUCGCCCGCCAUCGCCGCUGCCCACCCGGGGGAAGCCCGGCCGUCGUCGUCGCUGCUGCUGCGCUCGGAGGACGAGGAGGAGGCGCGUCAGGCUCCCGGCCGUGGCGGCGGCGGCUGCUGAGGCGCCCGCGCUCGCCUCCUUUGUCCAGGCUUCGGAGGGACCGUCGCUCCGAUCGCGGGGCCGGCCAUGUAUCCCCAAGGAAGGCACCCGGCACCCCACCAGCCUGGCCAGCCAGGCUUCAAAUUCACCGUUGCCGAAUCCUGCGACAGGAUUAAGGACGAGUUCCAGUUCCUGCAGGCUCAGUACCACAGUCUUAAAGUAGAGUACGACAAGCUUGCGAAUGAAAAGACAGAGAUGCAGCGCCACUACGUGAUGUACUAUGAAAUGUCUUAUGGCUUGAACAUUGAAAUGCACAAGCAGACGGAGAUCGCUAAAAGGCUGAACACCAUUCUAGCCCAGAUCAUGCCUUUUCUGUCGCAAGAGCACCAACAGCAAGUGGCUCAGGCUGUUGAGCGUGCCAAGCAGGUCACGAUGACGGAGCUGAACGCCAUCAUCGGGCAGCAGCUCCAGGCCCAGCACCUCUCCGCUGCCCACGGCCCCCCUGUGCAACUCCCGCCUCACCCCUCGGGCCUGCCGCCACCUGGGAUCCCACCGGUCACGGGGAGCAGCUCGGGGCUACUGGCUCUCGGGGCGCUGGGGAGCCAAGCCCACUUGACGGUGAAAGAUGAGAAGAACCACCACGACCUGGACCACCGAGAUCGGGACGCCAGCGCAAAUAACUCCAUCUCCCCAUCAGAGAGUUUGAGAGCCAGCGAGAAGCACAGGAAUCCCACUGACUACAGCAUCGAUUCCAAGAAGCGGAAAGCGGAGGAGAAGGACAGCAUGAGCCGAUAUAACGACAAAUCUUCCACCCCAGGGCUGAAGUCCAACACCCCUACUCCAAGGAACGAUGCCCCAACGCCUGGGACAAGCACCACCCCAGGCCUUCGGCCGAUGCCAGGCAAGCCAUCUGGAAUGGAUCCCUUAGCAUCUGCCCUGAGGACACCCAUCUCCAUUGCCGGUUCCUAUGCCACCCCCUUUGCCAUGAUGGGGCACCAUGAGAUGAAUGGCUCCCUCACCAGCCCUGGGGCCUACGCCAGCCUUCACAACAUCCCGCCUCAGAUGACGGCUGCCGCUGCUGCCGCCGCCGCUGCCUAUGGCCGGUCGCCAAUGGUUGGCUUUGACCCGCAUCCGCCGAUGAGGACCCCCGUCCUGUCCACCAGCUUGGCGUCCAUCCCUGGCGGGAAGCCAGCCUACUCCUUUCACGUGAGUGCCGAUGGGCAGAUGCAACCCGUCCCGUUUCCUCACGAUGCCCUGGCUGGCCCCGGCAUCCCCCGGCACGCCCGUCAGAUCAACACGCUGAGCCAUGGCGAGGUGGUGUGUGCUGUGACCAUCAGCAACCCAACCCGGCACGUGUACACCGGUGGGAAAGGAUGUGUGAAGAUUUGGGAUAUCAGCCAGCCAGGCACCAAGAGCCCCAUCUCCCAGCUGGAUUGCUUGAACAGGGACAACUAUAUCCGCUCCUGCAAGCUCCUCCCGGACGGGCGCACACUGAUUGUGGGGGGCGAGGCUAGCACCCUCACCAUCUGGGACCUGGCCUCCCCCACCCCCAGGAUCAAGGCAGAGCUGACCUCCUCCGCCCCCGCCUGCUAUGCCUUGGCCAUCAGCCCGGACGCCAAAGUCUGCUUCUCCUGUUGCAGCGACGGCAACAUUGCUGUCUGGGAUCUCCAUAACCAAACACUGGUCAGGCAAUUCCAAGGCCACACAGACGGUGCCAGCUGCAUCGACAUCUCCCACGAUGGCACCAAGCUCUGGACGGGAGGCCUGGACAACACAGUGCGGUCCUGGGACCUCCGGGAAGGCAGGCAGCUGCAGCAGCACGACUUCACCUCUCAGAUCUUCUCGCUGGGCUACUGCCCCACAGGCGAAUGGCUGGCUGUGGGCAUGGAGAGCAGCAACGUGGAAGUUCUCCACCACACCAAGCCGGACAAAUACCAGCUCCACCUUCACGAGAGCUGCGUCCUGUCGCUGAAGUUUGCCUACUGCGGGAAGUGGUUUGUGAGCACUGGGAAAGAUAACCUCCUCAACGCUUGGAGGACUCCCUAUGGAGCGAGCAUAUUCCAGUCGAAAGAAUCUUCUUCCGUCUUGAGCUGCGACAUUUCGGCGGACAACCAGUACAUCGUCACGGGCUCGGGGGACAAGAAGGCCACUGUCUACGAGGUGAUCUACUGAGCCCAGGGGAUUCUGCGGGGCCACCACACUCCAGGCAGACUGCGAUCCGACCAGGCGGAGGUCGGGACUCCAGCGGGCAGAUGGAGAGAGUGCCUGAGCACGUCCCCAUGAUGCUCUCUGUUGUGGAAGCUGCACCACCUGGCUGUGGGGCGGGGGGAGAUCUUCCAUCACCCUCUUGGGGUUUGCUGCUCUGGUGGCAAUUGAGACCUUGGCGCUUGGUCCAGCUGUGCGGGAUUUUGCAAACGUUUUCUCCGGAGACCUCAGCCGGCUUGUGGUUUUUCCUGGUUUUUAACUUCUUGGUUCUCAUGCCUGUGAUCUCGGGAAGCAAACUCCGGACCAGAUUUGCUUCCCGGCAGAGACUCGUCCUUCUUUGUCUCUCUGUAAGACUUGUGGGAAAUGUAAAUAGCGGACGAGUUUUAAUACGGUGGGGGACUCCUCCUGGCCUCGGGGGGCCAGCUGUGUAUUUUUUUUUUUCCUCCUCUUACUUUGGUCUGCUGUAACUGUAUUCCACUGGGGUUUUGGUUUUUUGGUUUUGGUGGUGGCCACCCUUCUCCUGCCCCCCCCCCUUCCAAACACUCAUUUGGUAGAGAGACUCUGCUGACCUACCACUUGCCCCAGCGGGAGCAAAAUUUCCCUCCGACAUCCCAUCUUCUACUGCCGUACCUGUGAAGCAUCCGCUGUCUCUUUUUCCAAGACCCGAACCCUUGUCCGGAUUGCAACCUUUAGCCGCUGACGGACGGCAGCAAUGGAACAAUCACCACCGUCUUCUAUAGGGAUUCUUAUUUUUAUUUUUUAAAAGCACUUCCGUCUUUGGAGCGAAGCGAUGAAUGAGAGGUCCAUAUCCGGAUAGGGUUUUGGACCCCACCAUGCCUGUCACAUGCGACCUUUAGAUCUAGAUGCUGAGGGAAGGAGUUUCAAGAAAGCAACGUUCAACAAUAUGCUCAGGGAGCCAGAGAGAGAGAGAGUGAGAGAGAGAAAGCUAAUAGCAACUUGUGUGGGCUUUUUAAUUUUAUUUUAAACACUCCAAUGAAAGUAAAAGUGAUAGAGAUGGUAACGUUUAAAUGCAGGUUGUUGUUGUUUUUAAAACGUUUACUAACACGAAGCGAUUUCUGUGCGACGGGGGACUGGGGGUGGCGUUGGCAUCUAGUGGGGGUUUUGUGUGGCUUUGGCAAAUCUUCCCUCUCCCAGCCUCUUGGAUCAAGUGAAAGUUGGAGGGGGAGGGGAGGAGGAGGGAGACUCGCCCUCCUGACGUUUUUUGUACUAAAGGAGAAAAUAAAAUUUAAACACGGG